AUGACUACGGAUACGAGAAGGGAUAGUUUAUCUUCCUAUAAAAUAUGCCGUUUUUGUUUAGCUCAAGGAGAUUCGCUAACAAGUAUUUACCAAAAACGAGCUACAAAAAAUAUCAUUCAUCUGCCACUAAAAAUAUUAUCAUGCGUCUCGAUAGAGGUCUUCCCAUCUGACAAAAUGCCAACAUAUAUUUGCAGCCGAUGCAAAUUUUUCAUGGAAUUAUGUUAUGACUUCAAACAUGUAUGUCGGCAAGCUGAUGAACAGAUCUUGCAGUAUGUGCAAAAUGCCACACCGUUGUCUGCCAUAUCCUGGCCACAAUCCCUAGUUAAAAUAUUUCGUUUAGCUAAUAAUAACAAAAUAGCUGAGGUGCCUCUGAUGAAAGCUGUAAUAGAUGGAGGCACUACUGUUCAGGUUACUGCCCAAGAAUCUGACUCUGAUGAGGAAGAUGAUGAGAAUGUGUACAAUGUAAAAAUUGGAGAUGGUACUGAUGAUGGGCCAAACAGUGCCAGAGUGAAGGUCGUAACAGGCGCUGACAAGCAGGAGAAAGCAAAACAAAAACGUGGAGGGAAAGGGUUCCAUACGUCUCAGAAGUUGGCGAAGCACGUCCAGUCUCACAGCGACAACAGAUCGUUCCCGUGCAAGUACUGCAGUAAAAGUUUCGUUAAAUCUCAUCAUUACACAAGACAUCUUCGUCUAAAACACCGUGAAACAAUACGUACUUGCCGUGGUCCGUUCGGUGAGAGCGACCAGUACCGGUGCGAGCAAUGUGAGGACAGUUUCGCAACUCAAGACGAGUUAAUCUACCACUCGGCUAUACACGCCACGCAGAAUCUCACCUGCCCACUCUGCCAGGAAAAGUUCGAAGAUGUCGACGGAGUUACAACACACAUUAAGUCUCAUGUCAGUGGUACGGAAUACAUGUGCGAGUUAUGUGAGCUGGUGUUCACAUCUAAGAUUAAGCUGAACACUCACAUGCACGUGGCACACGACGAAGAACUGCGCAGCGUACCGGAGCUGGGCCAAGAUGAGUCUUCCACAGAGAUGGAUGUUGAUGAAGAGGAUGAUGACUCGACCAUCAACGUAAAAGAGCUGGGCGACCACAUGGUAGUUGAAAUUAAGAAGACUGAUGAAUUUUUGAUAUCAAACCCCCAGGAGGAAAUGGAAUACAAAACUGAAGCCACAAAUUCUGAAGAGAGCGAAAAUGACACACUACCGGAUCUCUCGACAGCUGUAGCGAUAGUUAGCAAACCUACGAAAGAUGCAGAGCCAGUCUCGAUAUCCACUUUAGGUGGCGCCACUAUCACUAAAACUACUGCAGCUCCAAAAACAGACAAAGUGGAUAACCAGCAUAAUACUGCAAACAUUCUUCGGAAAGUUGAAGAAAUGAAGAAGAAAGCUGUCCCGUCACCACCUCCACCUGAACCGAAAAAAAAUACUGUUACAGUUGCUGAGAAGAAGACUGUAAAUAAAACUGAAAAUGGCAACACAGGUGCUGGUACUAGCGACAAGUCCCUCAGAAUGCUGGAGAAGGACUUGCAGGAAUUAAAGAGGACCCACCCGCCUAAAGAAGCCGUUAAGACUCCAGCGAAACCAAUAGACACAUUAAGAAAUAGACGGGCACAAAUACAUACUUCAACUCCUAAAGUGAGGACUCCAACUGAUGAACGCAAGACGCAAGUAGUAUCAAAAUCCCCAGUACCGGAGAAGAAGAUUCCCGAGCGGCGCGUCCUCACCAAGGAGAACAAGGAACCGAAAGAAAUUAAAGAAAAUAAAGCAAAUAACGGUAACGCGAAGGAAGAAAAAGAGGUUAAAGAUAAAGAUGCUAAGGAGAAGCUCGCUAAAGAAAAGGAGGUCAAAGAAAAGGAGGCUAAAGAAAAAGAAAAAGAUGUAAAACAAAAGGAAGCUAAAGAAGGAACGCCGAAGAAUGUUGUCAAAAAUGGAGGCGAGAAACCAAGUUCCGAAGAAGGGAUCCGCCGGUCUACCAGACCAUCUAAAAUUAAGGAUUACGCCAAGAUGAUUAGAGACAGGUCACAAGAUUCUGACGAAAAUGAUGAUUCAGAUGACGCUGAUGAUGAAGAAUAUAAAGAGGUCGAGAAACCUGUUGAUCCCAAGUCUAAAGCCCGCAGAGCUAGUAUAAAAACAGCGGCACUGAAGACAGCCAUAUCGGCCACUCCUACGCCUAGGAAACGUGGUCGACCACGCAAGGAUGCUGUACCUCCAAAAGUAAGGAAAGAGGAAGUUGAAGAUGAUGAGGCUGAGGGUUCUGACAGCGAAAAAGACAAAUCCAAACCUGCGCCAGAACCAGAGCCGGAACCUGCGCCAGCGGCUGAGAAAGAGCGGGACAGCAAGACUCCAGUAGAACCCGAAACCAGCAAGACACCAGAUCCAAAGCCACAAAGUACUUUGGUAUCACCUACCGGACAGACAUUGAAAAAAAUUCCUAUCAGAGCAUUACCUCCUGGAGUCAAACCUAUGCCUUUACCGGUAAACGCGAGACCUAUGGGUGGCGGUGAAGUAUGCGAGAUGCAGAUCGGCAAGAAAGUCGUCAAAGUACAAAAGAUUGUGAUGACUAAAGCUGAAGUCGAGGCGAUGGCUAAAAAGGGUCUAGUCGAAAUGAAGGAUGGCACCAUGGUUCUCAAACAAGGAAUUAAAAUCCCUACUACAGAUCCCUCAGCGCUCAAAAGUAGUCUAGUCGGAGAAGCUGAACCCAGCACUAGUAAAGAAUCUCCUAUCAAGAAGGAAAAGUCGGCCGUACCGACUCGGUGUGACUUUGGAGAAGACACGUGA